UGAGCAGAGAGCUGGGAGCGGCGCUCUUGUGGCGGCGGCGGCGGCGGCGGAAGAUGGCUGGAAGUGAGGCUGCGGACCCUCUGCUGAUGCUCGGAGUCGGGCUGAUUGAAAAGGACACAAAUGGAGAAGUUCUGUGGGUGUGGUGUUAUCCUUCCACGACAGCUACUUUAAGGAACUUACUGCUGAGAAAAUGCUGCCUUACAGAGGAAAACAAACUUCACCAUCCCUUCGUCUUUGGUCAGUACAGAAGAACAUGGUUUUAUAUCACAACAGUUGAAGUUCCAGAUUCUUCCGUUUUGAAAAAGGUGACUCAUUUUUCUAUUGUUCUGACCGCCAAAGAUUUUAAUCCAGAGAAAUAUGCCGCCUUCACUAGGAUAUUGUGUAGAAUGUACCUGAAACAUGGGAGCCCAGUUAAGAUGAUGGAGAGUUACAUCGCGGUUCUCACAAAGGGGAUAUGCCAGAGUGAAGAAAAUGGCUCUUUCCUUAGCAAGGAUUUUGAUGCCCGAAAGGCAUACCUUGCAGGCUCCAUCAAAGACAUUGUAUCUCAGUUUGGAAUGGAAACUGUUAUCUUACACACAGCGCUGAUGCUAAAGAAAAGAAUUGUCGUCUAUCACCCCAAAAUAGAAGCUGUCCAGGAGUUUACCAGGACUCUGCCUGCCCUGGUGUGGCAUCGACAGGACUGGAGCAUACUUCACCCCUACGUGCACCUGGACGCCGAUGAGCUGGAAGCCCUGCAGAUGUGCCCAGGUUACGUCGCUGGAUUUGUAGACUUGGAGGUGAGCAAUAGAUCAGACCUGUAUGAUGUGUUUGUGAAUCUGGCAGAUAGUGAGAUUACCAUUGCCCCACUUGCAAAAGAGGCCAUGACAAUGGGCAAACUACAUAAAGAAAUCGGUCAGUUAAUUGUCCAGUCGGCAGAAGAUCCAGAGAAAUCAGACAGUCAAGUUAUACAGGAUAUUUCCCUAAAAACAAAAGAAAUCUUCACCAACCUGGCUCCAUUUUCAGAAGUUUCGGAUGAUGGAGAAAAGCGAGUGCUCAAUUAUGAGGCACUAAAGCAAAGACGAUUUCCACCAGCAACAGAAAACUUCCUCUACCAUCUAGCAGCCGCGGAACAAAUGCUGAAAAUCUGAUUGUGGGACAGAAUGUAUCACUGAUAACUGAUCUAAAGCCCUAGCACCAUGAUUAUCCAUUAACUGUGUAAAAUACUGGAAAUAACAAAGAAAAUGUUACAUUUUUAAUGAUUUCUUUGAAAGCACUGCAAUUUGACCUGAAACACAUAUGAAAACACUUCCGAUUUCCUCCUAUGCGAUUAAUUUCAUGCCUACUCUCAAUGUUUACAAAGUGCUGUAACCACCUAUAUAUAUAACAUUCUAAACAGCCUGAUGUCCUGGAGUAAGAGCAGAACAGCUCUGUCAAGUUCUCCUGCAAAUCACAGCAAAUCCGAAAGCCUUCAUUAUUAUAAGUUCCAGUUUGUCUCAGUGUGUAACCACAAACUAAUGGUUUAUUUUCAGAAAGCUGCCUGAAAUUUUGCUUUGUAUUCUUCUAGGAAGAACUUUAAUUCCUCAUGAGGAACUCUACUUUCUGAGCCAAACUACUAAGUUUUCUGCAGAACCAUCUAGAAGAUCAUUCAGAAGACCCUGCAGUUGCACUUUCUUGUAAAAGAAAUUUUUUUCCUUAGCCUUUGAACAUUUUGCCUAUAGUAUGAGGGUUCUGCAUAGAUUUUAUACUUGAGUAGACAACUUAAUAAUCCAUAUUUAUACUGUUGCAGAGGUAAGCAUUUGGCAAACUUAAGCUAUUAGUACUCUUUAAUUAACCCAGUUGCUAGCAAUAUUCUUUUGAAAAAGAUGCCAGUCCUUAUGUAGUAGAGUAAAAGAAGAAAGCCCAUUUGGAAUAUAAAUGUCUCUAUGGCUGAAACAGCAGCCUUAUGUAGUUGGUGAGAGAGUGUGAGAAUUAACUUCUUGUAAAGGCCAAAACCAGAGAAUGUCUUCAAACAACAUCAGUAAAAAUAAUUUGGCUAUGUAUGAAGGUAACCGUUCUUUGUUUAGUUAGGUAACUUUUUCGUAAUUGGAGACAUAAAAAUUACAAAAUAAGCAUGGGCGUCUAAAUUAUGUUAUUAUUAUAUGUAUUCAUAUUCAUUAUGAAGGGUUAUUUUUCACUCAGUACUGUUGUCCUUAGAAAUCUUACCCAGAAAAAUGUUUGCAAAACUUGUCUUUAUUGGAUCUUCCACUUAUUCCUGGUGUUAGACAUUUGUUAAGGAAAAAAUUUUAAAAAUAGCCCCUCCUUGGGUGGGGGCAUGGGAGGAUUUGAAAUGAGAUGAUGUUUACUGAGGCAAACAAUUGAAAAUUAAAUGUGCACUUUAUGAGAAUGAAUACUAACAUCUUUUUUGCCCUCUUUUUUUUGUAUUACUCUAUUAGCUAAUGAUCAAAGUUGUUAAAAUGACAAAUUUAUGAUACAGAAAUAAAAUAUUUUGAUACUCA